AUGCAAAUCCUACAACCACUAAAUUCACCAAAAGAAAUAACAAUAAAUUUAUCAUCAUCUUUAUUUGAUCCCGACUCUCCGAUUCAAUUUCGUUUUUUGAGAUCAGGUGAUCAAGAUGAAGUCAAACUGUUAUGUCGCGAUUGGUUUCCAAUUGAAUAUCCAGAUAAAUGGUACGAUGAUAUAUCAAAUGAAGGAAAAUAUUAUGCUCUAGCCGCGUGUGUUUAUAAUCGAAUUAUUGGACUUAUCGUAGCGGACAAUUUACAAUUGUCACAUUGUAAUAAAGAAGAUCAAACUAUUUUAAAUAAAUCAUUUUCAUUAACAACACAAGUCUGUUAUAUAUUAAUAUUGGGUGUUGUCAAAGAAUAUCGUCGCCAUGGUUUAGCUGGUCAUUUAUUAUCACAUUUAUUGAAUUAUUUACAUUCAAGAUCGGUGUGUAAAGCAGUAUAUUUACAUGUUUUAUGUACAAAUCGAUCAGCAAUUAAAUUUUAUGAAUCAAAACAAUUUCAAUAUCGUCUCUAUUUACCUUAUUACUAUUCUAUUAGAGGACAACCGUACGAUGGUUACUGUUAUGUAUUGUAUAUUAACGGUGGUCAACCACCGUAUUCGACUCUUGACUAUAUAAAUACUCUGUGGAGAUAUCUACUAAAAACGAAUCCAUGUAAAUUCUUAUAUUCUAUUGGAUAUUGGUGUGAAAGUCGUUUGAAUUAUGAUAUUAGUAAUUGCAAUAACGAUACAAGAGCAGUUAUUGGUUAUAAAUCAAUAUCAAGAAUUAUUUGA